GACAGAAAGGAAAAAGGCAGCCUGGAAAAACACGGUUUUCUGCCCUGUCUUGUUUCUCUUUUUCUUCUCUCACUUGAGAAAGUGGAACGAAGCUUCCUGUUUUCUUAAAAGCCUUGGCCACCCGGUCUCGCCACGCACUUCGCCGUUUGAAACAGUCUAAGGAACUUGGUUCUGAAGUCGGUUCCUCUUCUCCUUUCCCAGCCUUUUUCAGACUGAGAUUGCACUCCAUCGUCGCCUCUUUCUUCGACACUCUGCGUAGAAACAUUUCCUCUCUUUCCGCCUCCUGCUGUCUGCAUGUUCUCUUCCGUUUUCUAUGCUGCAAAGAGGCGCGGAGAGCGAAGGCCCCAGUAGCUUGCCUGCGGUUUCUUGUCCACCCCCCAUUCCCUUUUCUUAUUAGAAAACUGCGUGGUUUUUCAGGGCGCCUGACGCUCUUCUCGGCGCCAGGCCCGGUUCCCCUCACAGUGUCUCCAUCCAACGAGUGCAACGAAGAGAACCCCCAUUCGCUUUCUCUCUGUUCUCUCUCUCUGUCGCACUGGCCUUCACUUUCCUUCCCCGUUAUCUCCGCGAGCUCGACGCAUCGCCAAGCGGCUCUCCUCUCCCUCUCCUCUGUCUUCAAUUCACUCUUCAUCUUCCCUGCCACUAUGCCGGGUGUUAUGGGCAAGGCCGGUCCCGCCGCGGACCUCCGCCGCUUCAUGGAGAAGCGCCUCGAUGUCCACCUGAGUGGCGGGCGCCGGGUGGUUGGUGUGCUGCGAGGCUACGAUACUUUCAUGAACAUCGUGUUGGAAAACACCGUCGAGGUCAAGGGGAACCCAGCGAACUCCGCAAGCAGCGGAGGAACUGAAACGAACGAAAUCGGAUUCGUGGUAGUUCGCGGGAACUCCAUUCUGUACUGGGAGUGCCUCGACAAAGUCCGCACAUGGUAAAACGGUCUAAGACCAGUGUUUCCCCGUCUCUCCAAACCCCGGUUGAAGGUCCUUCUUGGCACUGAAUGCUGUCUCGCCGCAAUGAAGAGGAGACACGAGCGAGCGAUCAGCUUCUUUUCGCGAGAGCGGAGCUCGUGUACUUAGCUCGGGGCACCCAGGUGCAGGUACAUGUUCGCGGUCACACCACCAGAGGACUCCGAGUUUCUCCGCCUUUUGGCGCUCGCGCUUUUUCUUUGUCUUGCUCUGUUUGCGCAAGCGCAAUGCGAUUUCUGCGUUGUUUCUUGUGUGAAUGUGUUUGGGAGGAGACCGCUUCCCCGUCUUCGCUUCAAGUUUGUACCUCAUUCUGUCAUUUCCCUCUCUCAAGUGACUCUUGUAGCUCACGGCCUCUAUGGAUAUCGUUCGUCCUUCGUCGCCGUCGGUUUCACCUCUAGCGUGGUCAAGUUC